AUGAAGCUAUUCAUUAUCACCGUGGUGACCAUUUUGACCAUCUCAAGGGUAUUUGACAAAACACCAGCCACCACUGAAGCAAGAAAGUCGAAAAAGAUGGUCGGUCAUGAGCAUUUCAAUGAAUAUUUGGAUCCUACUUUUGCAGGGCAUACAUUUGGAGUAGUUAAAGAAGAUUUUCUCGAAGUAAAAAAGCUAAAGAAAAUUGGUGAUGAAAAUAAUCUAAAAAACAGAUUUAUAAAUGAGUUUGCGCCUACUAAUCCAGAAGAUAGUCUCGGUAUUGGGCAUCCAAGAGUUCUAAACAACAAAUUUACAAAUGAUUUUGCGCCUACUAAUCCAGGAGAUAGUCCCGGUAUCAGGCAUCCAGGAGUUGUGAAUGUUUAAAGAUUUAAAAUAUGACAUAAAGAAAGCUGAAGACUAAAGAAAACUGGUGAUCAACAUCAUUUCAAAACCGGUUCAAUGAAUGAUUUCACCUACUAA